AUGUAUGUAUUCCUUCCAACAGUGACCGCCUAUGCCAAAAAUAUAUAUAUUGCUUGGAUGUACUCCGACUGCUAUGCCGCUGAGGAACCUCAGGGUAUACACAAUAUGACUACUAUUAUGACGAAUAUAUUUGUGUUUUUGGAUACCACGUGGCCGUACUAUUUUGUCGCGGAUUAUGUUAAUUUCGUACUUCAACGACUCAAUAUAAAUCCCUAUGCCAGUACCGUCGCAUUGCUUUCCGCUGCGGAUGCUACAAUAAUGGUAAACACCACAAAUUAUAUGUCAGAGGUCUACGAGAAUUGGAAUAUCACCACACACUCAUGGUAUAAACCCGGUUUCAGCCUACCUCAAAUCCUUAAUACUGCCGCCGAACUAGCACAAAAUAUAAUGAACGUUGAACGCAAUACUUCCUCAUUGGGUGGGCAAUCGCUGAUCGCGCUGCUUAUCCCCAGUCCGUUGGCUUACGUGCCCGACUGGGAUAUGAACUAUGCGUUAAACUUCCUGCAGAAACUCAACUACUCCGUGCCGGAUUUACAUUUUCUAUACUAUGGCGGGGGUGCGCUUAUACGUUUCAAGGAUCUGGUACCCAACCCCCAUGCGGAUAUCUUUCCACUCGGUGAGGAAUAUGGUGUAUGGACGGCGGGUACACCGGUUGUACAACGCAUACGCGAAAUACCACGUCGUUUGGUUAAUCCACGUUGUGGCGCCGAUAUGUACGGCAACUCGGCAGGUCCCAAUGAAAUGGUACAAUAUGUGCGCGCUGGUGGCAUCAAUUUCUACCGCAUAAUGCCGAAUUACUUCUUCGGUUCGACGAGUUUGCGUUAUCUACGCAUCUCUGUUUCCGGCUUCGAUGGCGCGGAUCAGCCGGAACAGGGUUGUGGUCAGACAGCUGCUACCAAUGGUUACUCGCUGGACUUGAGUGAACUCUGUGUGGGUUACACACAAAUCGAGGACUGUCCACCACUGUAUGUCUCCGUGCAGGCUCAACAAUUCAUCAACAGCAAUGAGUUGUCCUGCACCAAUCCGGCCUGCGAGUUGCCCAAUGCGGCGCAAUUUCUUAUUUAUGUCAAUUAUUUAAUGUCGCUGCUGGCAAUAAUACCUGUGGUUAUUGAGAAAAUGCAAUCAGCUGAUGAAACUUAA